AUGCCUGAGCCGGGGAAGAAGCCAGUAUCAGCCUUCAGCAAGAAGCCACGGUCAGCGGAGGUGGCCGCCGGCAGCUCUGCCGUGUUCGAGGCCACGACGGAGCGGCCGGGGGUGCAGGUGCGCUGGCAGCGGGCUGGCGGCGACAUCAGCGCCAGCGACAAGUACGGGCUGGCAGCCCAGGGCGCUCGGCACACGCUGACGGUGCGGGACGUGGGCCCCGCCGACCAGGGGUCCUAUGCGGUCAUCGCCGGCUCCUCCAAGGUCAAGUUUGACCUGAAGGUCACAGAGGCAGAGAAGGAAAAGCCUGCACCAGGCCCCCCUCCUGCUCCUGCUCAGGCUCCCGGAGCCCCCACAGAAGCCCAGGCCCCCACCACAGAACAGGAAGGAGGCCCUGCAAGCUCCCCCGAUGGUGCCCCGAAUGGCCUUACUGUCCCCGAUGGCGCUGGUGCCUCCGAUGACCCCAUUGGCCUCUUUCUGAUGCGGCCACAGGAUGGCGAGGUGACCGUGGGAGGCAGCAUCACCUUCUCGGCGCGUGUGGGGGGGGCCAGCCUCCUGAAGCCGCCCCUGGUCAAGUGGUUCAAGGGCAAGUGGGUGGACCUGAGCAGCAAGGUGGGCCAGCACCUGCAGCUUCAUGACAGCUACGACAGGGCCAGCAAGGUCUAUCUCUUUGAGCUGCACAUCACAGAUGCCCAGGUCACUUCCGCUGGCGGCUACCGCUGUGAGGUGACCACCAAGGACAAAUUUGAUAGCUGCAACUUCAACCUCACUGUCCACGAGGCCAUUGGCCCUGGAGAUCUGGACCUGAGAUCCGCUUUCCGCCGCACGAGCCUGACUGGAGGCAGUCGGCGAACCAGUGACAGCCAUGAGGACGCUGGCACCCUGGACUUCAGCUCGCUGCUCAAGAAGAGCAGCAGUUUCCGGAUCCCGCGGGACGGGAAGCUGGAAGCCCCGGCCGAGGAGGACGUGUGGGAGAUCCUGCGGCAGGCGCCUCCCUCGGAGUACGAGCGCAUAGCCUUCCAGCACGGGGUCACCGACCUCCGCGGCAUGCUCAAGAGGCUCAAGGGCAUGAAGCAGGACGAGAAGAAGAGCACAGCCUUCCAGAAGAAGCUGGAGCCAGCCUACCAGGUGAGCAAGGGCCAGAAGAUCCGGCUGACCGUGGAGGUGGCCGACCCCGACGCCGAGGUCAAGUGGCUGAAGAAUGGACAGGAGAUCCAGAUGAGCGGCAGCAAGUACAUCUUUGAGUCGGUCGGCAACAAGCGCACCCUGACCAUCAGCCAGUGCUCGCUGGCGGACGACGCGGCCUACCAGUGUGUGGUGGGGGGCGAGAAGUGCAGCACCGAGCUGUUUGUCAAAGAGCCCCCGGUGCUGAUCACACGGCCGCUGGAGGACCAGCUGGUGAUGGUGGGACAGCGUGUGGAGUUCGAGUGUGAGGUGUCUGAAGAGGGGGCGCAGGUGAAAUGGCUCAAGGAUGGGGUGGAGCUGACCCGGGAGGAGACCUUCAAAUACCGGUUCAAGAAGGACGGCCAGAAGCACCACCUGAUCAUCAACGAGGCCACGCUGGAGGACGCCGGCCACUAUGCGCUGCGCACCAGUGGGGGCCAGGCGCUGGCCGAGCUCAUUGUGCAGGAGAAGAAGCUGGAGGUGUACCAGAGCAUCGCGGACCUGACGGUGGGCGCGAAGGACCAGGCGGUGUUCAAGUGUGAGGUGUCGGAUGAGAACGUGCGUGGCGUGUGGCUGAAGAACGGGAAGGAGCUGGUACCCGACAGUCGCAUAAAAGUGACCCACAUUGGGCGGGUCCACAAGCUGACCAUCGACGAUGUCACGCCUGCAGACGAGGCCGACUACAGCUUCGUGCCUGAGGGCUUCGCCUGCAACCUGUCUGCGAAGCUCCACUUCAUGGAGGUCAAGAUCGACUUUGUGCCCAGGCAGGAACCGCCCAAGAUCCACCUGGACUGCCCAGGCCGCACGCCCGAUACUAUUGUGGUCGUGGCUGGGAACAAGCUACGCCUCGACGUCCCCAUCUCCGGGGACCCCGCGCCCACGGUCAUCUGGCAGAAGGUCAUCACACAGGGGAAGUCUGGGCCAGCCUCCGAUGCCCCAGGGGAUGCGGGCGCCAGUGACGAGUGGGUGUUUGACAAGAAGGUGCUUUGUGAGACUGAGGGCCGAGUCCGGGUAGAGACCACCAAGGAUCGAAGCAUCUUCACCGUCGAGGGCGCAGAGAAGGAAGAUGAGGGUGUCUACAUGGUCACAGUAAAGAACCCCGUGGGAGAGGAUCAGGUCAACCUCACGGUCAAGGUCAUCGAUGUACCGGAUGCCCCUGCGGCCCCGAAGAUCAGCAGCGUGGGCGAGGAUUCCUGCACCGUGCAGUGGGAGCCCCCUGCCUACGACGGCGGGCAGCCGGUCCUGGGCUACAUCCUGGAGCGCAAGAAGAAAAAGAGCUACCGCUGGAUGCGGCUCAACUUCGACCUGCUGCGCGAGCUGCAGCACGAGGCCAGACGCAUGAUCGAGGGUGUGGUGUACGAGGUGCGAGUCUACGCGGUCAACGCCGUCGGCAUGUCCCGGCCCAGCCCCGCCUCGCAGCCCUUCAUGCCUAUCGGUCCCCCUAGCGAGCCCACCCACCUGGCGGUGGAUGAUGUCUCCGACACGACCGUCUCCCUCAAGUGGCGGCCCCCGGAGCGCGUGGGAGCGGGCGGCCUGGACGGCUACAGCGUGGAGUACUCCCUGGAGGGUUCCCCGGAGUGGGUGGCCGCCCUGCCGGGGCUGACGGAGCGCACGUCCAUGCUGGUGAAGGACCUGCCCACGGGUGCCCGGCUGCUGUUCCGUGUGCGGGCGCACAACGUGGCGGGGCCCGGGGCCCCCGUCACCACCAAGGAGCCUGUGACCGUGCAGGAGAUAUUGCAGCGGCCCCGGCUCCAGUUGCCCAGGCACCUGCGGCAGACCAUCCAGAAGAAGGUUGGGGAGUCCGUGAACCUCCUCAUUCCUUUCCAGGGCAAGCCCCGGCCUCAGGUGACCUGGACUAAAGAGAGGCAGCCGCUGGCCGACGGGGAGGUGAGCAUUCGCAACAGCCCCACGGACACCAUCCUGUUCAUCCGGGCCGCCCGGCGCGCCCACUCGGGCACCUACCAGGUGACGCUGCGCAUCGAGAACAUGGAGGACAAGGCCACGCUGGUCUUACAGGUCAUCGACAAACCGAGUCCCCCCGAGGAUCUCCUGGUCACUGAGGCGUGGGGCUUCAACGUGGCUCUGCAGUGGAAGCCACCCCAAGAUGAUGGCAAUACAGAGAUCUUGGGUUACACAGUGCAGAAAGCUGACAAGAAGACCAUGGAGUGGUUCACGGUGCUGGAGCAUUACCGGCGCACCCACUGCGUGGUGUCUGAGCUCAUCAUCGGCAACGGCUACUACUUCCGGGUCUUCAGCAAUAACGUGGUGGGGCCCAGUGACAAAGCUGCCACCACCAAGGAAGCUGUCUUUAUCCCCAGGCCAGGCAUCGCCUACGAGCCACCCAACUACAAGGACCUGGACUUCUCUGAGGCCCCCAGCUUCACCCACCCCCUAGUGAACCGCUCCGUCAUCGCUGGUUACAACACCACCCUCUGCUGCGCUGUCCGGGGUAGCCCCAAGCCCAAGAUCUCCUGGCUGAAGAAUGGCCUGGACCUGGGAGAAGACGCCCGCUUCCGCAUGUUCAGCAAGCAGGGAGUGCUGACCCUGGAGAUCAGAAAGCCCUGCCCCUUCGACGGGGGUGUCUAUGUCUGCAGGGCCACCAACUUGCAAGGCGAGGCACAGUGUGAGUGCCGCCUGGAAGUUCGAGGGCCCAAAUCAGAGGCUCAGUCCUGGCCCCUGGUCCAGGGCAGCCAGGAAAUUGGACCCAAGGCGGAGGAGAGUGCUGGGUCAGCCUUCGCCAGGCCUGGCUGCAAGGAGGCAUCCUUCAAGGCCAGGCAGCCAGGAGCCCAAGGGGGGGAGACGCUGCCCGCAGACUCAGAGCUGUACACCGAGCUCGGCCUCUCACCAGCCGGCCCUGGCUCGGGGCCCGGGGGUACUCCCAGCCCACCAGUCUGCUUUCUCCCGCCAAAGGCAGAGAGACCACGGGCAAUCGCUGCUCAGCAAAAAGCGGCCCACAGCGCCGCCGCGCGGCCGGGGCGGAAACCACAGCAGGCGGCGGUGCUGCCGCUGGGCAAGGCCUAG